UGGACUCGGGCAGGCUUCUGAAGGCUGCACUGUCCCGGACCUGGUUCCUUGGCGGCAGUGCACCGCGGAGCGCCAUGCAGUGUCUGGGGCUCCCGAGCCGGGCCCGCUCCAGGGAGCUGUACCUGCGGGAGGAGAGCCUUAAGGUGGCAGCGCUCAAUGGGCAGAGGCUGGGUUUGCAGAAUGACGAGGACCUCCAGGCCCUGCUGAAGGGCAGCCAGCUGCUGAAGGUGAAGUCCAGCUCAUGGCGGCGAGAGCGCUUCUACAAGCUGCAAGAGGACUGCAAGACCAUCUGGCAGGAGUCCCGCAAGGUCAUGCGGACCCCCGAGUCCCAGCUGUUCUCCAUCGAGGACAUUCAGGAGGUGCGGAUGGGGCACCGCACUGAGGGUCUGGAGAAGUUCGCCCGAGACGUGCCCGAGGACCGCUGCUUCUCCAUCGUCUUCAAGGACCAGCGCAAUACCCUGGACCUCAUCGCCCCGUCGCCGGCCGACGCCCAGCACUGGGUGCAGGGUCUGCGCAAGGUCAUCCAGCACUCCGGCGCCAUGGACCAGCGGCAGAAGCUGCAGCACUGGAUCCACUCCUGCUUACGGAAGGCUGACAAGAACAAGGACAAUAAGAUGAGCUUCAAGGAGCUGCAGAACUUCCUGAAGGAGCUCAACAUCCAGGUGGAUGACAGCUACGCCCGCAAGAUCUUCCAGGAGUGUGACCACUCCCAGACGGACUCCCUGGAGGACGAGGAGAUCGAGACCUUCUACAAGAUGCUGACCCAGCGCAGGGAGAUUGACCACGUCUUCGCCGAGGCCGCGGGCUCCGGGGAGACCCUGUCUGUGGAUCAGUUAGUGACCUUCCUACGGCACCAGCAGCGAGAGGAGGCAGCCGGGCCCGCCCUGGCCCUCUCCCUCAUUGAGCGCUAUGAGCCCAGCGAGACUGCCAAGGCGCAGCGCCAGAUGACCAAGGACGGCUUCCUCAUGUACCUGCUGUCAGCGGACGGCAGCGCCUUCAGCCUGGCACACCCUCAGCCACUACCUGGUGUCCUCCUCCCACAACACCUACCUGCUGGAGGACCAGCUGACAGGGCCCAGCAGCACGGAAGCCUACAUCCGGGCGCUGUGCAAAGGGUGCCGUUGCUUGGAGCUCGACUGCUGGGACGGGCCCAACCAGGAGCCUAUCAUUUACCACGGCUACACCUUCACCUCCAAGAUCCUCUUCUGCGACGUGCUCAGGGCCAUCCGUGACUACGCCUUCAAGGCCUCGCCCUACCCGGUCAUCCUGUCCUUGGAGAACCACUGCAGCUUGGAGCAGCAGCGCGUGAUGGCGCGACACCUGCGUGCCACCCUGGGCCCCAUGCUGUUGGACCGGCCGCUAGACGGGGUCACCACCAGCCUGCCCUCCCCCGAGCAACUGAAGGGGAAGAUCCUGCUGCAGGGGAAGAAGUUUGGGGGGCUCCUACCUCCCGCUGGGGAAGGUGGUCCCGAGGCCACUGUCGUGUCAGAUGAGGAUGAGGCUGCUGAGAUGGAGGAUGAGGCCGUGAGGAGCCGAGUGCAGCACAAGCCCAGGGACGACAAGCUGCGGCUGGUGCAGGAGCUCUCAGACCUGGUCGUUUACUGCAAGAGCGUCCACUUCGGGGGCUUCUCCAGUCCCGGCUCGGCCGGGCAGGCGUUCUACGAGAUGGCGUCCUUCUCCGAGAACCGCGCCCUGCGCCUGCUCCAGGAAUCGGGAAACGGCUUUGUCCGGCACAACGUGGGCCACCUGAGCCGGAUCUACCCCGCUGGUUGGAGAACCGACUCCUCCAAUUACAGCCCCGUGGAGAUGUGGAACGGGGGCUGCCAGAUCGUGGCCUUGAACUUUCAGACGCCAGGGCCAGAGAUGGACGUGUACCAGGGCCGCUUCCAGGACAACGGGGCCUGUGGGUACGUGCUGAAGCCCGCCUUUCUGAGAGACCCCAACUCUACCUUCAACUCACGUGCCCUGACCCAGGGGCCCUGGUGGGCUCGGAAGAGACUCAACAUCAGGGUCAUCUCAGGGCAGCAGCUGCCGAAAGUCAAUAAGAACAAGAAUUCGAUUGUGGACCCCAAGGUGAUCGUGGAGAUCCAUGGCGUGAGCCAGGACCAGGCCAGCCGCCAGACUGCCGUCAUCACCAAUAACGGUUUCAACCCCUGGUGGGACACGGAGUUUGAGUUUGAGGUGGUCGUGCCUGAGCUUGCCCUGGUCCGCUUCCUGGUGGAGGAUUACGAUGCGUCGUCCAAGAACGACUUCAUUGGGCAGAGCACCAUCCCCCUGAACUGCCUCAAGCAGGGUUACCGGCACGUCCACCUUCUGUCUAAGAACGGGGACCAGCACCCAUCAGCCACCCUCUUUGUGAAAGUCUCCUUUCAGGACUAGACUCGGGGAGUCCAGCAGGAUCGCCUGCAUGGGUCAUCCUUUCUGUCCGCACCUGGGGUCAGGCUCGGGGUAGCUGGCCCCAGCCUCUCACUUGGAUCAGAGGCCCCUGAACUGCCUUCGGCCCCUGUAGGGUCUGUACUGCUGCCUCUUUGGGGCCCAAGAGCUGGCCCAGCCCCUGGAGCUGUCCUCAAUUCCGUUAGGAACAACACUGCAGCCCUCUCCACCCUCUGGCCAGCCCUGGGUUGAGGGUUUUUAUAAAAAUCCUGAUCAA